GACAUUAAAAAAAUGAAAGACACACCGAUAAAAUAAAAUAUAUGUUUGUGUUUAGGUUCCACGUGCUUGACGUUUGACCGUUUCCCUUGUGCGUGAGAAAAGGGGGAGGUGAAGAACCGUUUGAGAAGACACACAUCCAGCGCUGAGCGCAAGCUAGACAGGGCUCUCCUUCGCUCCUCUCACACACGACCAGCUCACGCCAUUCAUUCUGCCCUCCCUUGCUCCGGCACACGCUGCAUUCCUACCGUGGUUUUUGGAUAGCGAGCGGCGAUGUUUCUCUGCAGAGCGGCUUGGCAAAAAUAUGGGACUUUGGCAAGGAAGGUAGCCCAACAGUUAUCUAGAGAUGCAGUGUUGCCACGGCGACAAAUGUCGUCAGUCCCCGGUGGUACUGGUGAUAACAUUGUCUACGCCCUGCUGUGUGGCGGGGCCUUCGCUGGAGCCAUCGCAUACACAUACAGCACUGUGACCACAGACCACGCCAGAUUCAACGACCGUGUAGCGGAUAUCAACGCUCGUCCCAAGACCGUGUGGUCGCCCAAACCAUGGCCUCCCAAGAGCAGGGAUGAGGAAGAGGAGGGUGAGGAAGCAGCAGCCUGGGGAGGAGAGGAUGAAGCAACGGAGGCUGCUGAGGAGGGAGGAGAGGAGGAGGAGGCGGCAGCAGCAGAAGAGGCUGGAGAGGAGGCUGCAGUUGAGGAGGCUGUAGCGGCGGAAAACGGAGCAGAACCCGCGGAAGAGGCCUCAGUCGAGGCAGAAGCAGCAGCCGAGGCAGUCUCUGAAGAACCUGCUGGGGAGGCAGCAGCAGUAGAGGCCGAGGUGGCACCAGCGGAAGCGGAGACUGUGGUGGAGGAGAUUGCAGAGGCUGUUGCUGAGGUCGCAGAAGAGGUCGUCGAGGUGGCAAAUGAAGUGGAGACAGCAGCAGAGGAAGUGGCCGUGGAAGAGGCUGCUGAGGAGGCAGUUGCCGUGGCAGAGCCGGAGGAGGAGAUCAACGUGGAACCAGUCAUUCUGGCAGCAGCCUCUGCUUUGGAGGUGACAACAGUCGCUGAAGUGGUCAAAGAAGUGGUUGUGCCUAUUGUAGAAGAAGUCGAGGAGGUUGCCCCAGUGGAGGCCCCAGCUGCAGUGGAGGAGGCCCCAGCUACAGUGGAGGAGGCCACAGCUACAAUGGAGGAGGCCACAGCUGCCCCACUUGAGGCUGCACCCGCAGAAGAGGCCCCAGCUGCAGUGGAGGAGCCCCCAGCUGCCCCACUUGAGGCUGCACCCAUAGAAGAGGCCCCGGCUGCAGUGGAGGAGGCCCCGGCUGCAGUGGAGGAGGCCCCGGCUGCAGUGGAGGAGGCCCCGGCUGCAGUGGAGGAGGCCCCGGCUGCCCCACUUGAGGCUGAACUCAUCGAAGAGGCUGCAGUGGAGGAGGCCCCGGCUGCAGUGGAGGAGGCCCCGGCUGCAGUGGAGGAGGCCCCGGCUGCAGUGGAGGAGGCCCCGGCUGCAGUGGAGGAGGCCCCGGCUGCCCCACUUGAGGCUGAACUCAUCGAAGAGGCUGCAGUGGAGGAGGCCCCGGCUGCCCCACUUGAGGCUGAACUCAUCGAAGACGCUGCUGUGGAGGAGGCCCCUGCUGCAGUGGAGGAGGCCCCGGGUGCCCCACUUGAGGCUGAACUCAUCGAAGAGGCUGCAGUGGAGGAGGCCCCGGCUGCAGUGGAGGAGGCCCUGGCUGCAGUGGAAGAGGCCCCGACUGCCCCACUUGAGGCUGAACUCAUCGAAGAGGCUGCAGUGGAGGGGGCCCCAGCUGCAGUGGAGGAGGCUGCAGUGGAGGAGGCCCCAGCUGCCCCACCCGUAGAAGAGGCUCCACCCUUAGAAGUGGCUGCGGUGGAAGAGGCCGCGGUGGAAGAGGCCCCAGCUGCAGUGGAGGCUGUCCCAGUUGUGGUGGUGGCACCUGUGGAGGCGCCCAAAAAGGAGUACAUUGUCGUGGUGCUGGAGGGUGCAGCCAAGACUGAUAAGAGGCCCAAAGUCCUGGGGGUCGGCCCCAUGACUGGCAGGAUCAUCCCAUCUCCAGAUGAUGAUGAGGCCCCUGCUGCUGAGGUAACAGGGCAAGCGACGGCUGCUUAGGAUGCAGAUGCAGUAGAACCACCUGACAGUAAGCACUUGGAGCCCCUGAAUGAUAUAGUUUCUCUACCCUGAGGGAGAAGAGGGGAUGUGCCUUCCCCAACCCCCCUUUCAUUGACCCCACCACACACUUUGACCCUUGAUAUUGAAUAUUGAUCUGUAGUAUAAAACUUAUCUUCCCGUCUUGGUCUAGGGAAUUAUCUGUGUAUAUAUUCAGAUAAUGCCUGCUUUAUGGAAAAAUACAUGAUCUGGUAUAUUUUUCUAGAUGUACAACACCCCCCAAAAAUCCUCCUCCCCCAAAAAGUCCCUCUCCAUCACACCGGGCAAGCUAAAUGAUAAUAAUCUGGGAAUAUUUGGCCAUGGAAACAUUCCUGGUUGACGUCAGGAGAAUAUAACUGUUUGCCAAAGUUACACAAGUUUGCCAAAAUAUAUUAACUAACUUUUUUAGCUCUCCAUUACAAGCUCGCUGGAACUGGGCCUGGCAGAAUUUGACCCAAUGUGAUUGGUUGACGAUAUGACACAUUGGCUCGCUAGCCUAUACCCUACGUUUUGUCGGGUUGGAAUGCAAUCAAUGUCAAUUCUGAUCAAAUGAAUGGGAAGUAUAAAUUGAACUACGCAGUGGUGGAAAAAGUACUGCAUUUUCAUACUUGAGUAAAAAUAAAGAUGCCUUAAUAAAAAAUGACUCAAGUGAAAGUGAAAGUCACCCAGUAAAAUACUACUUGAGUAAAACGAAUGUAUAAAAGGUUUUAAAUAUAUUAAAGUAUCAAAUAUAAUUGCUAAAAUGUAUCAAAAGUAAAAGUAUAAAUAAUUUCAAAUUUCUUAUUUAUCAAAUCAGACAGUACCAUUUUUGUGAUAUCCAAUUUGUAGUUACAGUCUUGUCCCAUCGCUGCAACUCCCGUACGGACUCGGGAGAGGCGAAGGUCGAGAGCCAUACGUCCUCUGAAACAAGAACCUGCCAAGCCGCACUGCUUCUUGACACUGCUCGCUUAACCCGAAAGCCAGCCGCACCAAUGUGUCGGAGGAAACAACUGGUGACGGAAGUCAGCUUGCAGGCGCCCGGCCCGCCACAAGGACUUGCUAGAGCGUGAUGGGACAAGGACAUCCCAGCCGGGCCAAACCCUCCCCUAACCCGGACGAUGCUGGGCCAAUUGUGCGCCACCUCAUGGGUCUCCUGGUCACGGCCGGCUGUGACACAGCCUGGGAUCGAACCCGGGCCUGUAGUGACGCCUCAAGCACUGCGAUGCAGUGCCUUAGACCGCUGCACCACUUGGGAGGGCCAGACAGCACAAUUUAAAUAAAAUAUUAUAAUAAUUACGGAUAGCCAAGAGCACACUCAAACACCGACAUAAUUUACAAACAAAACAUUUGUGUUUAGUGAGUCCACCAGAUCUGAAGCAGUAGGGAUGACCAGGAAUGUUCUCUUGAUAAGUGCGUGAAUUGGACCAUUUUCCUGCCCUAAGCAUUCAAAAUGAAACACGUACUUUUGGGUGUCAGGGAAAAUGUAUGGUGUAUAAAGUACAUUAUUUCCUUUAGUAAUGUAGUGAAGUUAAAGUUCAUAAAAAAUAUACUUAAGUAGUACUUUAAAGUAUUUUUACUUAAGUACUUUACACCAUGGGAAAAACGGGAGAAAUUGACAUUUUUUGUGACUAAGUCAGGACACCUGAAAAGUGGCUGAAAAACGUGACUGUCCCGUGAAAAAACAGGACAUAUGGUCACCCUAACACAUAGGGUCAACCUACUAGACUACAAUGUUAAUCACAAUUAACUUUGAACACCGGUAGGCCUACACACAUGAACACAUACAGGCUUCAGAUAAGUACACCUGAUCGUAUAUCAACUUCAAUAGGGUAAAAUAACAAUCGACUACAUCACCAAAACUCAAAUGAUCAUUAUUUUCUCCUUAUAGGGGAGCUCCCCUGUAAUUUGCACCGUGGUCAUGCCCUUGACUCCUCCCCAUGCCCUAGUUUACUUCACCUAAGAAACUUCACACUAGAUUCACUCCAAUGGUGUUUCCUGAUUCAUCAUCAUCCAAUGCAAUACUACACAUCUGAUGCUUAGCCACCAAGUCAACCACUAAUUGCUUCAGGACUGGGCAGGACAAGGCGUGGUUUUGGUGUGACCAGUAUUCUUUAACUAUCCUCAGGUUUUUCCUUGUUGAGGCAAUUCCAAUGUGAACAUAAGUAUUUAACUCUCAAAGCCAUAGUGAUCGGGGACUCUAUUUCUGAGUCACUGUUUUGUUUUUGGGAGACGAGACACAGUAGACUACCUCAGUAUUCCUCCUCUUUUCCUCCAGCUGGUGAUCCACAGACCUUUUAUUAAUGCAGUCAGAGUGUUAACAUUGAACAAACCUUCUCAGUUGCAAGACAGACAUGGGAUUCAUAUUGGGAAAUGAGCAUGAUGAGAGUCGGUCAGGUUUUUACAUUCAGUGAUGUCGCUUAAGCUAGACUCUAGCAUAUUUCAUGAUAUCGCUAUUCAGCAAUAUUUCACAAGGCAGACAUUUUUGUCUCUUUACUUUCUCCCACACCCUCUGUUGUAGAGCCUUUCCCUCAGUUCCACACCAUGGCUAUAGAAUACACAGCUGUUAGAUAGACAAUUCAUUUAAUGGUGACCUAUAGCUUAUUGUGAAGCUGUAUCUGAAAUAGAAAAAAGCAAUUUUUUGAGUGUAUAAUCUGUUCUCCAAGCCUGGUAUAAACAGUCGUGUGUUGUUGUUGUUAUCAUAUGAAAGUUGCAUUAUUACUUAAGUCAGUCUUGUGUGAUUACAUAAGUUAAUUCAGCGCUCGAUGGCUCAGUAAAGUGUGCUGAUAUGGUUUUGUCUGCUUUUCAAAUUAUAUGACUUAUUCGUUUGUGUUAGAUUCAUGAAUAAAUGUUCAACUUUGUCAAAACCAGUUAAAAUAAUCGGUAGGCCAAUACAAGGCUCUCACUGUACUCUACAGAUUUGUUGUAGAACGAGUUCUUCUCACUUUCCUUCCCUCACUUUAUAUAUUGGAGUACUUGCUAUGUUAGGCAUAUUGAAAAGGCACUGAGACCAUUGAUAAGUGAAUGUAAGCUUAUUCCUAAUUAAGGAGUGGGAUAAUUCAAUUUGUCUGUCCGAAUGUUUGCAGGCACUUUUUGUAUGGGAUAUAUACAGUACCAGUCAAAAGUUUGGACACCUACUCAUUCCAUGGUUUUUCUUUAUUUGUAGAAUUUUUUUACAUUGUAGGAUAAUAUGAAGCUGAUCGAGAGAAUGCCAAGCGUGUGCGGAGCUGUCAUCAAGGCAAAGGGUGGCUACUUUGAAGAAUCUCAAAUAUAAAAUAUAUUUUAAUUUGUUUAACACUUUUUUGUUUACUACAUGAUUCCAUAUGUGUUAUUUCAUAGUUGAUGUCUUCACUAUUAUUCUACAAUGUAGGAAAUAGUAAAAAUAAAAAAUAAACCUUGAAUGAGUAUGUGUCCAAACUUGUGACCCCGGUACUGUAUAUAGUGGCUUGUUCUGCCAUGUGAGUGGAUGGCUUGCCACUGUGCAACAGCCUAGCAUGGGCCAGAAACUGUGACUGUGAAACAUUGCUGUUUUUCUGAAAUAAAGAGGGAAUCAAAAAGGGA